UCGUCCCGGUCGCUCUCAGAUAACGCUCUCGACGGCGUCAUCCGUCCGUUCGUUUGGCCGAUCCAGUUCUCGUCUUCGUUUUGCGUGAACGUUGUGCGGUCCGGCGGCCCCGUACCCAUACGUGGAUUCAACAAACACUCAAUGUGGCGUUUGAGUUUGGAAGGUUAUGGAUUGAAGGCUUCGGGGUGUGGCAUCGUAUUCGGCGGUCCGCGAGACGUUACGGGACGCGACGGCGGUGGUGUGAUGGUGCGCUGAGGUACACGCGCGCGACGAGCGACUCGGCCGCGCACGAGAUCCCCCUCGGCCGUCGUUUUUUUUUCCGCGGACGGAGGUUGCCGACGGUCGUCCCGCGAGAGAGAGAGUGUGUUCCGUGCGCGCGAAUCCGGCGUUGACCGCUCGCGGCCGGCCGCGUGAAGAGUCGGGUCGAACGUGGAGCGAGAAUUAUGACCGUGACUUUCUCGAAUCGGGCCGCGCAUUGACAAGCCGCGCGUUGACCGGUGGUGCGCGUUUGACGCAAGGUAGCUCGCUCGGCCGCCACGGGGACGAGGUCCAUGAGAUCACGUGUAAUAAACUCGACGUGGGAUGUUGAGCGCCGUCACCCCCACUCAGCCCCACGAGUACACCGAGAUGUCUCGGUUAGCCGACUACUUCGUUGUGGUCGGCUACGACCACGAGAAAGAAAGGGGUGGUGUAAGUAGCGGGAUUGUGUUGCAACGAUUCCCAGAGAAAGACUGGCCGGAUACACCUUUCAUUGAAGGAAUAGAAUGGUUUUGCCAGCCGCAAGGAUGGGCCUUGUCGACCGAGAGGCAGGAACCCCGCUUCUUUGUCUCGAUACUGACGGACGUUUACGCAAACCGACACUAUUGCGCCUGUAUGUGCUUCAAUGAAACAAUAUCGAUUGUGCCAAGUAAACCCGUAGACGAGGAGGAGGAUCCCGUGGAUGGGGACAGCCGACCCCUGGUCAGGGCAAUACCCGCUAUCGCGCAUCAUAGCAUUAUGUACGCACCCAAGUGUCUGGUGCUGGUUUCCAGACUCGAUUACAUAGAAACAUUUAGAAACUGUCUUGGUAUUAUUUACACAGUGUACGUGGAAAAUCUCGGUAUACCGUUAGAGACAUUAGUCGGAAAUAUAUUAGGAUGUAUUCAAGUACCUCCUGCUGGCGGGCCUCAGGUGCGAUUCAGCAUCGGAGCAGGCGAUCGUCAAGCGCUUCAGCCACCAAUCAGCCCCUCUCUUCCUAUAACUCAUACUAGUGUAAAUUUAUUAUUUCAGCAAUUAGGUAUUCGCAAUGUGCUAGUAUUAUUUUGCGCAGUCAUGACAGAACAUAAGAUACUUUUUCACUCAGCCAGUUACUCUCGACUGACCGAAGGGUGUCGCGCCCUCACGGCUCUGAUGUAUCCGUUUCGGUACUCGCACGUUUACAUUCCUCUUUUGCCAGCGGCUUUAGUCGAAAUACUCAGCACUCCGACCCCGUUCAUCAUGGGCGUGCACAGCUCGUUGAGGCACGAGAUCGCCGAACUCAUGGAUGUAAUAGUCGCCGAUCUGGACGGGGGCUCGAUAAUGGUCCCCGACGGCGUUUCGCUCUCUCUGUUACCGGAGCCGUUGCUCUCGCAGACACAGGACGCGCUGUCGCUGGUGUUGCAGCCGGAACUGGCGUGCGCCGAUUACGCCUUUCCUCCGCUCGCUACCAGAGCGCCGCAUUCGCCGAUGCUCGACAAAGAACUCAGGGCGGUGUUCAUGCGAACCUUUGCUCAACUGUUGCAAGGAUACCGAAGUUGUCUGACGCUGAUACGGAUACACCCGAAGCCGGUGAUCACCUUCCACAAGGCGGCCUUCCUCGGGGAGAGGGGCCUGACGGAUUGCGACUUCACCACGCGGGUCCUGGACUGCAUGUUCUUCACGUCCUUCAUCGCGGAGAGAGGCCCGCCGUGGCGGCCGUGCGACGUCUGGGACGAGCUCUACAGUAACCUGAGCGAUCAGCUGAAGCAGGAGACGCAGGAUCACAGGAUAAUCCUCACGCACAUCCAGGAGCUGGCGCAGCAGCUCUACACGAACGAGAACCCGAAUCCGCAGCCGUACGUGCAGAAGAUCCUGAAGCCCCCGGAGGGCGCGUUCGCGAGGAUCCAUCAGCCCCUCUUGCCGCGCAUCAACACGGAGCAGGUGCAGGCGAUCAUCGACGAGGGCCUCGCGAAGAACAAUCUCAAGGUCAGACUGUCCUCCCUACGGCCGAUUCAGCCCCGCAUCGUGCCGACGGGGCCGCACAUCUCCUUCGUCCACGACACCAGGCAUCUAGUCAGCAACUCCGCGCGCAGGCUGGAAGUGUUGCGCAACUGCAUCAACUGCAUAUUCGAGAACAAGAUCUCCGACGCUCGCAAGACCUUCCCCGCGGUGCUGCGGGCCCUCAAGAGCAAGGCCGCGCGCCUCGCGCUCUGCAUGGAGUUGUCGCAGCACGUGGUGGGCAACAAGGCGAUGCUGGAGCACCAGCAAUUCGACCUGGUGGUGCGUCUGAUGAACUGCGCGCUGCAGGACGACUCGUCGAUGGACGAGCACGGGGUCGCCGCGGCGCUGCUGCCGCUCGCCACCGCCUUCUGCAGGAAGCUGUGCACCGGCGUGAUACAGUUCGCCUACACCUGCAUCCAGGAGCACCCGGUCUGGCAGAACCAGCAGUUCUGGGAGGACGCCUUCUACCUGGACGUGCAGAAGGACAUCAAGCGGCUGUAUCUGCCGGGUGACAAUUCGCCCCCUAGACUGAUCAACGACGCGAUCCUCAGUCCGAUCAGUCCCCGCGACGGCAAGGAGUUCCCGUACCGAUACUCGAUCUAUCAGGCCCAGGAACCGUCCGCGCUGGAGAUCGCCGCCGAUCAGAUGCGCGUCUGGCCGUCCAUCGAGCCGGAGAAGCAGAAAGAGCUGGUGAACAGCGAGGAGAGCACCAUGUACAGCCAGGCCAUUCACUACGCCAACCGAAUGGUCUACCUGCUGGUGCCGUUGGACAUCGGCUCGAAGACCCACCGUCAGGACAACGUGUACGACGAGGAGCGGGCGAGCAACAGCAUCACGAACAGCGUGGCGAGCGACAGCGGCGACGCCGAGUCCGGGUUCGAGGAGACCGACCCCGGCGAGACCGGGAGCGCGGUGAUCCGCAUGGUCUCGCGAUUCGUCGACCGCGUCUGCACGGAGGGCGGCGUCAGCGCGGAGCACGUGAGGUGCCUGCACCAGAUGGUGCCGGGGGUGGUUCACAUGCACAUCGAGACGCUCGAGGCGGUCCACAGGGAGAGCAAGCGGCUACCGCCGAUACAGAAGCCGAAGAUCCUCACGCCCAACAUGCUGCCGGGCGAGGAGGUGAUAAUGGACGGGCUGCGCGUCUAUCUGCUGCCGGACGGCAGGGAGGAGGGCUCCGCCGGCCUCCCGAAGAUACCACCGCUCCUGCCGGCCGAGGGCGCCAUCUUCCUCACCAACUACAGGAUCGUGUUCAAGGGCAUACCGUGCGACCCGUUCGCCUGCGAGCAGCUGGUCGUCCGCGCCUUCCCGGUGACGUCCCUGACGAAGGAGAAGCGCGUGGCCGUGCAGCACCUGGCGCACUUGGACCAGUGCCUGCAGGAGGGCCUCCAGCUGCGCUCCUGCACGUUCCAGCUGAUCAAGCUGGCCUUCGACGAGGAGGUCACGCCGGAGAACAUCGACACGCUGAGGAAACUGGUGCACAAGGCGCGUUACCCGCCGCACAUCUUCCAUCACUUCGCGUUCAACGGGCACGUGCUGGUGACGCAGACGGCGCAUCACAAGGGCAAGGAGAAGAACGCGACGCUGAAGGGCUUCGCGAAGAAGACGCUGCUGAAGACCGCGAGGAAGGCCGGCUUCAAGCCGAAGCAGUCGUCGAAGCGGCAGAAGUACGUCCUGCCGAACAUGAAUCUCAUCAGCAACAACAAGUACAUGACGUCGCCCGGGCGCAUGAGCCUGCCGAUCGCCGACAACAACGAUCUCAGCCACGACGACGAUCUCAGCAUAGACGACUUCGAGGUGCCCGGCGUGAUGACGCAGCCGCCGACCGACGCGAAGACGUUGGAACGGCUCUCCGAGCGCAGCUACGUGCGCGACUGGUAUCGGCUCGGCCUCUACGCGAACGGCCCGCACAACAACCGGCGCAACGAGCCGUUCCGCCUCUCCUCGGUGAACUGCGCCUACAUGGUGUGCCGUAGCUACCCGGCCCUCCUGAUCGUCCCGACUUCCGUGUCGGACGAGAGCAUACGCCGGUUCUGCCGGCUCUACCGUCACAGCCGAGUGCCCGUCGUCACCUGGAGGCACCCGCGCACGAAGGCGCUGCUGAUCCGAGGCGCCGGCUACCACGGCAAAGGCGUGAUGGGCAUGCUGAAGGCCCACCCGACCUCGAGCGGUAAUCUGAAGACCGCGUCGUCGGAGACGACCUCCUCCUUGGAACAGGAGAAGUACAUGAUGGCCCUGGUCGCGGCGACGCCGCUCUCCGUCCUGCGGCAGGGCUCCGCCUGGGGCAUGUCCGACAGUUCCCUCAGCAUCGACUCGCUGCUGCUGGCCGCCGAGGAUCGCAACGCCACGCCGGAGCAGUCGCGGCGCAAUCCGUUCAACAAGCCGCUCGGCACCCUCGGCUCGUCCGGCGGCAAGGGCCCGAAGAAUUUCGGCCGGUGGGGCUCCCUCAAGGACAAGAGGCACAACUCGUCCCAGGCCUCCCUCACCUCGGUCCACCAGCGCGGCACCGUCAGACACUCCGCGGACUCGGACAGCGGCACGGAGUGCGUGCACACCUUCCAGCGCGCCGCUCUCUACGUCCUGGGCGAGAAGGCGCACAUGAAGGGCGUCAAGGCCGAGUCCACCCCCAAGACGGACUUCAUACCGGUCGAGUAUUACGACGUCAGGCACACCAAGGCCGCGUUCAAGAAGCUGAUGCGGGCGUGCGUGCCGAGCUCGCCGAACGUCGAGCCCGACCAGAGCUUCUACCGGCUGAUCGAGAGCUCGGAGUGGCUGCAGCAGCUGCAGAAUCUCAUGCAACUGGCGGGCGCGGUGAUAGACCUGAUGGACAUGCAGGGCUCCUCGGUGGCGGUUUGCCUCGAGGACGGCUGGGACACCACGACGACGGUGUGCUCGGUCGCGCAGGUGUGCCUCGAUCCUCAUUACAGGACGAUAGACGGCUUCAGGACCCUCAUCGAGAAGGAGUGGCUCGGAUUCGGCCACCGGUUCGGCCAUCGCAGCAACCUCGCCGCGAAUUCGCAGACCACUAACUUCACGCCUACGUUCCUCCAGUUCCUGGAUAUAGUGCAUCAGAUACAGAAGCAGUUCCCGCUGGCGUUCGAGUUCAACGAGUACUACCUCAAGUUCCUGGCCUACCACUCGGUAUCCUGCCGCUUCCGCACGUUCCUCCUGGACUGCGAGUUCGACCGCGUCGAGUGCGGCAUCACCGCGAUCGAGGACAAGAGGGGCUCCCUGACGAGCCAUCACAAGGGCGUCGACACCGGUAGCGACGACGACACCAUCUAUCCCGGCGGCAGACUGGCCGGGACCAACACCGGCUGCAACCUCGGCCAGAGCAUCUUCGAUUACAUCGAGAAGCAGCACGCGCGGUGUCCGUUGUUCUACAACUUCAUGUACACGCCCAACAUGGAGUAUCCCGUCCUGAGACCGGUCCGGCAUCUGCCCAGCCUCGAUAUCUGGCAGUUCUACCUGGAGGAGGAGCUGGCGCACGGCCCGGCCUACGAUCUGGAGGUGUUGCAGCAGGAUUCCCAGCAGGAGGAAGAGGCCGAGGCCGCGGACGGCGUCGUCAAGAGCAACCGUAAAAUAGUUACUCAGGGAUACGACGGAGUCAGCACGAUGGUGCCCGAUCAGUUCUCUCAUCUCUUGGAGGAGAUUCACAAACUGGAGACCGAGCUGGGACACUUGCCGCAGAAGUGGAAAGUGCUGUGGGACAAGCUCGAGCUGCCGAACACCGAUUCGCUCGCUCGGCACGCGUCGUUCAGCACGGCGCUGGUGCGGUAUCACGGUCGGCUGACUCACAAGCGUUCCACCCUGGAGCUGUUGUUACGCGGCAAACUCGCGGGCGGGAGUACCACCGGAAACGAAGGUUCCGUUUACGCGCAUCCGCACAGAUUCGAGAGAUUGGAUUCCGCGACCCCGACCCAUUGCGACGCGUGUUCCGGCGUGCUGUGGGGCCCCGUGAAGGCCGGAUUGAGGUGCAUCGACUGCGGCCACGUGUGCCACGACAAGUGCGCGGACGCCGUGCCGAAGAAUUGCACGAAGUACAAGGCUGUGACGGAUAAUCUCCAAACUCACACACUCACGAGAAGCGGCGGGGACAACGGAAGCGUGAACUCAAGUGUAACGACUAUACAGACUUCUUCUCAGCAAUAUUACGAGCAAUUCUCGAGCAACGUGGCGGAAAACAGGACGCACGAGGGCUAUCUUUAUAAACGGGGCGCCCUGUUGAAGGGCUGGAAGCAGAGAUGGUUUGUACUGGAUUCCAUAAAGCAUCAAUUGAGAUAUUACGAUGCGGUGGAGGAUUCGCACUGCAAAGGAUAUAUAGAUCUGGCCGAGGUGGUAUCCGUUACUCCAGCUGCGCCGAUGCCUGGACCACCAAAGAAAACGGACGACAAAUCAUUCUUUGAUCUCCGUACGAAUAGACGGACGUACAAUUUCUGCGCUGCGGACGCAGGCACCGCACAGGAGUGGAUCGAAAAAGUUCAAGCGUGCUUACAAUAGUGUGUCGCAAGCUUGAUUCUAGUACUAAUUUAAAAUUCUGGAUGUGACUGAUAUAGAGAGUAAAAGAUUUUAAUUUUGUUACAUAAUAUUGUAUAGUCUAAUUGUAUGCGUCAUAGACUGCAUUAACAGCGCUUUAAGUAUUUAAAAAAAAGAAAACGCAAACUCGUUGGACUGAAAAUAGUAUCAUAAAUUAAAUGUGAUACAACCAUAUCCUCUUGAUAUAGAAUUAGCAUGUGAAUAUAAUAUACAUUGUGAUUGCGUCAUUACGUUAAAUUUUUAUUAAUUCAGUUGGAAGAGAUGAGAGAUCGCUAUAUGAUGCGUAGCGCCCUAAGAUUUUUGUUUGAUAUGUUUUUUUAAUGUUUAAAUUAUGACGAAGUAUAAGGAGAGCGUGGUAAUUCUUUGCGCAUCCAUAUAUAUAUACACACACACAUACACAGAUGGUCUUAGGAUUACUGCAGUUUCUAUCAAUAUAAAUUCCUUGGGCAAGAUGCAAUCGGUUUUUUCUUAACAAAGGCAUUAAAAAUUACUGUACUAUAAACGAUUAAAAAUUAAGAAUAUUACGUAGUAGUUCUUAAGGGCAUAAAUAAAUGUUAUUAUUUGCUUCGA